UGGUGCACUUGUGUUUCCGACACUAAUAACCAACCUCACAAUGUAGGUUUUCAGAUAAUCCAUGGCAAUGAUUGUAUUUGUAAACAAAGAUCGAUUGAUUUGUAGUGUAGUUGUAGUACUGACCACACUGCUGUAGCAAUAAAAUUAUUGAAAAGUCAAAUCCGUUAUUUGAGCAGUUGAACCUAAUGAGACUGUCAGCUGCACACAAUUUAUUAUUAUUUUUAUUGCACAUUUACUGGCAAGUCCUGGCGAGGUAAGCUACAGCUGUUGACAACGAACUCCCACAGACUGAGGUGUGGACCACCUGCUCGUCCAUUCUAGCAAACAUCGUCGUCAGCACAGUGUCAACCGUUGGUGUGUCCAGUGUCGACGGUUGGUUCAUCGUUGUGACCCUACACUGACACGCUCACGACUUUUCUCCUAACUUGGUGUUUAACUUUAUUGUUUACAGGAUGUUGCCUUGUGGAUCCAAAAUGGUCAUCAUAGCACUGGCAGUAUUAGUGACACUCACCUUUACUGUCCAGACUGACAGCAAGCAGCAGUCAGACUCGAAUCAAUCGACCUUGUGGACUCUGGAAGAUUCUUUAAGUGAUAUCGAGACGCAGUCGAAGAACUUUGAAAAAAGUUUUCACAUGGACACUAAAUCAGGUUCUGCAGAAUGGAACUCUACCAUGCCAACCGAAGACCAUUAUUUCCAUGACCAGGAGACAGAGACUAAAGCCGUUGACUCAGAGAAUGGUACAACAGGCUGUCUCCUCUCGACUUCACAAGAUGCUUUAACAACAAAUGGAAGCAAGGCUGCCACAGAAUGUUCAGACGAUGCUUUCCUCGCUCUCAAGAAGAAGGUUGAUGCCUUGGAACAAAUGAUUGGUCGUCUUACACGUGAAGCUCACUUCAUGGCUACUUUUAGUGGAGAGUUCUUCGUGAUCAGCGACGGCAAGUUGGUGUUCGAUGUUGUCCUGGACAACACAGGCAACGCCUACAACGACUCCGAGGGAACCUUCGUUGCCCCUUUCCCAGGCCUCUACGUCUUCACGGUUCAAAUCCUGGCGCCCGGUGAGCAAGACCUGGGGCUGCAACUGCUUGUGUCCGGUACCAUGGUAACCCGAUCACGAGUAGUGACAAGAAACGAUGCCAGCUUAGUGCUUGUCUAUAUGGUCCAUCUAGAGGCUGGAGAAGACGUCUACGUCUAUAAUCACGCCGACUGUUCCUUCUAUGGAAGUCUGUCGAGCUUCUUCUCCGGGUGGCUCGUCAAGUCUGACUAGACACCCAGCUCCAGUCCAAACCUAAAAUGAAAGGAAAACUAUGUAAGAUGCUUUCGUGGUUCUCAUCCUGA